UCUUCCUUGGCACCAGGGUGCCUGCAGACCCUCGGCAGCCUUGAGGAGCUGUACCUGAGUGGCAAUCGCCUUCGCUCGCUGGAGCCUGGGGUCUUUGCUGGCCUUGCCAAGCUCCAGAUGUUGACGCUGAGCUUGAAUCAAAUCACCACCAUCGCCCCUGGGGUCUUCAGUGAGCUGAGCCAACUGGAUUUACUUCAGCUGAAUGGUAAUAUGAUCUCGGAGAUCCAUCCUGGAGCCUUCCAGGGACUGGGGAGCCUAAAGCAGUUGUACCUCCGAAGUAACAACCUCUCCGUUCUGACAAGAGGAUCCCUUGAUGGGCUCGACCAGCUUCAGAUCUUAAGCUUCACCAAUAACUGCAUGCGAUUGGCUCCUGAGGAAGCGAUGGGGCACCUUAAAGCCCUGAAAAAUCUCUACUUGAAUAAUAAUCAGAUCAGUGUCCUUCCUGAGUUUCUGUCCACCUUUGAAGAUCUGACCUUGCUGGACAUCAGUAGUAACGGACUCAGAAAUCUGUCAGCUGACGCCUUGCUUAACUUGACUAAGCUGAGGCGGUUGGACCUGAGUUUGAACAACCUCACCAGCCUCCCUCCCCAAGCCUUUCAGCGGCUCGAGAACUUGACUCUACUAAACCUGUUCAACAACGGCAUUGAAUCAUUGCCUGCCGGAGUGUUUGCCAACCUCCUGAGCCUCAAGGAACUGCACCUAGACAACAACCGGAUCUUGUCCCUCCCUCCGGAGAUAUUUCAGGGUCAGUCGGGGUUGAGGGAGCUUCAGUUGGACAACAACCUUCUCAAUCAGCUGCCGGAGGGAGUCUUCAACGGGAUGAGCCGCCUGAGGACUUUGUACCUCGACAACAAUCGCCUGGAGGGCAUCCCCAAGAAGGUUUUCCAUGGUCUGGGCCACCUGAGGGAGUUGCAGCUGGACGAGAACAACAUCACCUCUCUCCCCAGGAGAGUCUUCACCGGCUUAAAGAACCUUCGGGUCCUUCAGCUCAGCCAGAAUCGGAUCUCACAUCUUCCUCACGACGUCUUCGUGGGUCUGGCCAACCUGAAGGAGCUCCAACUGAACGGCAACAACCUGUCCGCCAUUCCACAGGGAGUGUUCAGGGAGCUGAAGAAGCUGAAGGAGUUGCAUCUGGACAGCAACCAUCUGUCUACGGUCCAGACCGCUUUGUUUCGGGACCUGCGGAAGCUGGAAGUCCUCCAGCUGCAGUUCAACCGCCUGCUCUCCCUGCCGCCCAGAGUCUUCUCGCCACUGCAGAAACUGCAGAAGUUGCUCCUUCACAACAACCGUCUCCCCACCCUGGACCCCAACAUCUUCGCCAGCCAGUACAACCUGCAGGAGCUGCACCUGGACCGCAACAACCUGUCGUUUCUGCCCGACUCCCUCUUCCAAAGCGUCCCUCGGCUCACGCUCCUGCACCUCGGCCACAACAGGUUGAGGCAGCUGAGCGCUGGACUCCUGGGGCCGCUGAGGAAGCUGGAGCAGGUCCACCUGGAGGGGAAUCCCUGGGAGUGUGACUGCCCCUCCAUUGUCUACCUGAGGGACUGGCUGCAGGAGAAUCUCAGCAUAGUGCCGGAGCCAGUCGAGUGUUCUUCCAACCGAUCGUCGGUGGCAGUGGUGAAGGACUUCUCUUCUGUCCCUCCAUACUGCUCCUCUGCUGUGAGAUUGUCCCCACCCUUUCUUCCAACCCUCCUCCUCUCCACCUCAUCUCUGCUCUGCCUCAGACUUCCCUCCUCAUGA